GUGACUCGCUCGGGCGUGGUGGAUCCCGCAGAGGCUCCGCCGGAGAUCCGCCCGCAGCAAGAGCCGCCGCGAAGCAGCGCCCGCCGGGAGGCCAUCUGCGUGUUCACCUGACUUCUUAACAACCGCGGAAAAUGUUCCUCGUCAAAAACUUCCUUGGAGGAGGAGGAGGUGGUGGUGGCGGCGGAGGAGGAGGGAACAUCAACAUCGGCAAUGUUAUUGGAGGAUUACUAAGUGGUGGAGGUGGCGGCGGGCGGGGAGGCGGAGGGGGUGGCGGCGGCGCUAUGGGGAUCUUGGGCGGCGUCAUCAGUGCCAUCAGUGAAGCAGCGGCGCAGUAUAACCCAGAACCCCCGCCCCCACGUAGCCACUUCGCCAACAUCGAAGCCAACGAGAGUGAAGAAGUGCGGCAGUUCCGGCGGCUGUUCACCCAGCUGGCAGGAGACGAUAUGGAGGUGAGCGCUUCGGAGCUGAUGAAUAUCCUCAACAAAGUGGUUACCAGACAUCCUGACAUGAAGACUGAUGGAUUCGGAAUCGACACCUGUCGUAGCAUGGUGGCAGUCAUGGAUAGUGACACAACCGGCAAACUGGGCUUUGACGAAUUUAAGUACCUCUGGAACAACAUUAAGAAGUGGCAGUGUAUCUACAAACAGUAUGAUACGGACCGGUCGGGGACCAUCGGCAGCAAUGAACUCCCAGGAGCUUUUCAGGCAGCAGGUUUUCAGCUCAACGAACAGCUGUACAGCAUGAUAGUGCGCAGAUACUCAGAUGAGAAUGGGAACAUGGACUUCGACAAUUUCAUCAGCUGCCUGGUGCGCUUGGACGCCAUGUUUCGUGCCUUCAAAUCUCUGGACAGAGAUGGUAGCGGACAGAUCCGAGUGACCCUAAAAGAGUGGCUGCAGCUCACCAUGUAUUCCUAAGAACGCAUCUACUUUGGACAUCGUCGAGCCGGUCUGGAAUAUUUUAGAGCUCUGCACGCCGUUCGAUUUCCAGUUCUCCCGAGAAGUGCUACAGAAUCUUGAUAUUCUUUUUGGCUUUUUUCCCUUCUACCCCUUUUUUCUAAAGCAAAAAAAAAGAAACCCUUUUCCUAUUGUACUGUUUUGCAUUUUUAAUUGCCAGUAGAAAUAUGACUCACAUUUAUGCAAUCCACUUAUUUAAUCUUAUUUAACCUUUUCCCCAAAACGGCUCAGUUUAUGACGCUGCCGUGUAGAUUUGAUGCCUUUUCUAUAGAACCGUGGCCCCUGUUUCGGGUGGGAUCGGGGGCCACUGAUAUAGCCCUUAACCAGGGGAAGCCACAGCACUUCUGUUGUCGUUUGUGGGGGGGGUCGGGUGAAAGAUCACAGCCUGCCCCUGCCCCUUGCAUUUGUCACUGAGGGUGAUGCAUGCCUGUGGGCAGAUGGUGUUGGCUGCUGUUUUUAGUUUCAUCUGUUACGAACUGAUAAGCCUUCAGAGAUGAAGGCAACAACAUACACACAGGUGCAAUGAGGAAAAUCUCUCCCAUUUUAAAAACUGGAGAACAGAGUCUCUUUAACACGUUGCAUGGGUGUAAUGUUAAAAAAACAACAACAGUAGAUUGGAGAUUGGGACAGUCUGCCAUGAAGUAUUUAGAUCGAUUAUAGAGGCUUAUACUGUUUAAAAGAUGCUGCAGUCUUGCCCCAAACCCAUUGUUAAAAGUUUGCUUUCUAGUAACAGUCAACUGUCAAAGCCCGUUGGUACAAUUUGCGCAUUAUGCAAGUUGAAUAACUCUUUGUGUGCCAUGCAGACCUCCCCCACCACAUCAGAUUCACAUCGCAUGGGAUUUCUGUGCAUGCAUUUUGAAGGAAUAAAGCAUAGCAAGGUAACUGCUCUGCUCUGUCCUGCCUUGGGUAAUUAGACGUUACUCCUGUAAUGUUCUUCCGUACACACGGACGCUGCAGUUUCUCCCUCUUGGGUCUCAGUCCCAUUUUUAGGGGUUCACAGGGCUUUGAAAUCCAGAAACUACGGGUUUGAGAUUCCUGCAUGAUAUCGCUGCCAGUCUCCAGUUUUUAUUGGAAAAAGGUUGUGGGGAGGAUGACCUUGCAUUUCAGUAUCUGCUUCCAAAAUGCUGUGAUGAAUUCAGAAAUACUGAAGUCAAAUACUUGGGAGUCCAGCUUUUCAAAUACCCGUUUCGGGGAUGGGCUGCAGUAAUAAAAUAUUAUUACAUCUGUCCACCUCUAGUGAUGGGAUACCAAAUUCAAUUUCUGCUCUCAAGAUGGGGAAUUUUAGGGAGCGUUGUUCUUAAAUAGGGCUUUGGUCAACAUUGAAGCUUGAUCCAAUUCCAACAGAAUUGUCACCUGUUCCUAUGAACUGCCUGUGACAUUGCUUUUAAUGAAGCCAAAGCCACAGAGAGCAGCUUCAGUUGCCGCGUGUCAGGAGCAAAAGAGAAAGCAUGUCGUCUUCGAGUUUUCUCAUGUGCAAAAAUGAGAAGCAGGGGGGGCGGGGGGUGUCACAUCUUUGCCAGCAGAGGAUCCCCAUGUGUUUCUCUGCCAAAUAAUGUUGGGGCUUGCCUUGAAACAUACCAGCUGUCUGUCUCUCUCCGACACCCACUCUGUUUUCUAAUAACUCAGUAGCAACCAGAAUAAAAGUUCUAUAACAACA